AUGGGAGAGGUCGGCAUCGGAACAACCGCCGCGCCGACCAAAAAUUCCUGGAGACGGGACCGGGGCAAACCACCACGGCAAAGGCCCUCUAUCUCACCACGUCGGAGCUGUCGCAUCUCCAGAACCACCUUCGUCCACGAACCCGUCUUACCGCCCCGUCCCCCUCCGACUUCGAAAAUGGUCGUCCGCAUACGCCUUGCCCGCUUUGGGCGCGUCAAUCAGCCCUUCUACAACAUCGUCGUCUCGCAAGCCAGAACCGCCCGCAACAGCAAGCCCAUCGAGGUCAUCGGCACCUAUGAGCCCAUUCCCAAGCAAGACCCCUACGACUCCACGACCAAGCUGCACAAGGACAUCCGACUCGACACCCUCCGCGCGCGCUACUGGAUCGGCGUUGGCGCUCAGCCGACCGACACCGUAUGGAGGUUACUGUCAAUGGUCGGGAUCCUCGAGCCGAAAUACACACCAAACGGGACCGCUAACACGGCAACCGCGGCAAAGUCCAUCAAGAGCCCUCUUAAGACCAAGGCGUAGCCGGAAAGAGAAGAUGGGGGGAAAUGGCUUAGUACGAUCAGUUGAUGUGUCUGCGCCGGCUGUGGCCACGUGCCGCCAGAAAGAAAUUGACAUGGGACGAAAGAAACCCUCUAGGGGGGGCGUGAUUAGGGACGCCGAAGAUGACUUUCCACGGCGGAACCUGCACCAAUGGGGUCAGGUAGAAAAGGCCGGCCAGAGACGAGCCAAUGUACUAUUACUGGGUAACUAUUGCGGGCCAAGGGGAGGUUCGCAUGUAAGACUGAGCCGCAUGGGCGAAGAUGUGGUACAUGCGGCACGAGUCUACCUCAUACUGAUAUUUCGAGGGAGUGUCGUGCCACAUGAGCUGUACACUAUGAAAAAGAGGCUAUUAAAAGGACCCAAGAUGUCACUCCAAUUCAAGCUAUAUAUUC